GCGGAACCCCGAGUUCGGUGGCCUGCGCGCGCCACCGCCGCCUGCACUCCCGCCAGGAGGAGCUGGCUGCCGGUGGAGAUCCCUACGCACAGCAACGGAGGCCCGGACCGUAGGCGGACGGGUUCCCCAUUGGAGGUGAAACCAUGAAGAGAACGUAGGACACACAACAAUGGUUCACCGUAAUCGCUUCUUGGUGCUGCUGGCCCUGGCUGGGCUGUUGGCUUUCCUGAGCCUCAGCCUGCAGUUCUUCCACUUGAUCCCAGUGUCCACCACAGAGAAUGGGGGAAGCAGCAAGAGUCGGAAGAGGAUCAUGCCUGACCCAGCGACCGAGCCGCCCACGGUAGACCCGGUUUAUGAAGCUCUUCUGUACUGCAACAUUCCGAGUGUAGCUGAGCACAGCAUGGAAGGUCAUGCCCCGCAUCAUUAUAAGCUGGUCUCCGUUCACGUGUUCAUUCGCCAUGGGGACAGGUACCCACUGUAUGCCAUUCCCAAAACAAAGCGGCCAGAAAUCGACUGCACUCUAGUGGCUAGCAGGAAGCCGUAUCACCCUAAACUGGAAGCUUUCAUUAGUCACAUGUUGAAAGGAUCCGGAGCAUCUUUUGAAAGCCCCUUAAAUUCCCUGCCUCUCUAUCCUAACCAUCCUCUGUGUGAGACGGGAGAGCUCACGCAGACAGGAGUCGUACAGCAUCUGCUGAAUGGCCAGCUGCUGAGGGACAUCUAUCUGAGGAAACACAAACUUCUGCCCAACAACUGGUCCUCAGACCAGCUUUACCUGGAGAGCACGGGGAAGAGCCGCACCCUGCAGAGCGGGCUAGCCCUGCUCUAUGGCUUCCUCCCAGAGUUUGACUGGAAGAAGGUUUAUUUCAAGCACCAGCCAAGUGCCCUGUUCUGCUCUGGAAACUGUUACUGCCCACUGAGAAACCAGUAUCUGGAGAAGGAACAGCGCCGCCAGUACCUGCUCCGGCUGAAGAACAGCGACCUGGAGAGGACCUACGGGGAGAUGGCCAAGAUUGUGGACAUCCCCACGAAGCAGCUCCGGGCGGCCAACCCCAUCGAUUCCAUGCUCUGCCACUUCUGCCACAAUGUCAGCUUCCCCUGCAGCAGAAGUGGCUGCCUUGGCAUGGAGCACUUCAAGGUGAUCAAGACGCACCAGAUAGAGGAUGAGCGCGAGAGGCACGAGAAGCUCCUGUACUUUGGGUACUCCCUCCUCGGGGCCCACCCCAUCCUAAAUCAGACGGUCAGCCGGAUGCAGCGCGCUGCCUCGGGCUGGAGGGACGAGCUGUUCACCCUCUACUCUGCUCACGACGUCACCCUGUCACCCAUCCUCAGCGCCUUGGGUCUUUUGGAAGCCAGGUUCCCGAGGUUUGCCGCCAGGCUGGUUUUUGAGCUCUGGCAAGACCGUCAAAAGCCCAGUGAACAUUCUGUCCGGAUUCUUUAUAACGGGGCUGACGUCACCUUCCACACCUCCUUUUGCCAUGACUUCCACAAGCGCUCUCCCAAGCCCAUGUGUCCUCUUGAGAACCUGGUCCGCUUUGUCAAACGGGAUAUGUUUGUGGCCCUGGAUGGCAGUAGUACUAACUAUUACGAUGCCUGUCAUGGGGAAGGGGCCUAAGAGGUGUUCAGCACAGCGUGUUUUCUUGCUGGUUCUGUCUGUUGCUAAGAUGUCAAGGUAUGGAGUUCUAAUGGAUGCAGAUUAGGUGGGGUCUUCAUGCUCAUGGGUUGAGACAGACAGGAAGCACAUAACAGGAUGUUACUUGGUACAAAAUAGCCGGUUCACAGAGGAAAGGAGGUACGUUUUCACGGCUGUACAGCUUAGAGCGCCAGCAUAAGGCUCGGUACUCAGAGCUGCCAAGCCAACCUUAUGUAACUUUUGACCUGCCAUGGAACCAGCAAACCUCUGCCAAAAAUCAUCUUAAUCUCCAACAUUUACCUUAACUUCGUUGAGUGGAAAUUUUCCCAGAGUGAUGAGUUCAGAGUAUUCUGGGCAGCCUCUUUCUGGGGGGCGGGGACCAGAAGGUCAGUUUCUUAGACUCUGUAGACCUAAAGGUCACAGAGAAUCUCUGUCAUACCUUCUCAGCUGUGCUCUGGUGAUGUGGCGACGCAUACGUGGGCAUGUGUGACCAAACAGAGUGAGUGGCAGCCAGCUUGGGCUCACGGGCCGUGUCUGCCGACUCAUCUUUAAAAGCAGCCUGUAUCACUGUGCUUCCAGCGCUGUGAGGGCCAACCGGCCGCUGUUCUUCGAGUCCUUCCGUCUGCUAGAAGCACAGUGUUGGGUCUAUAUCUGGCCGGGUAACGUGCCCAGGGGAACAAACAACGGGUCAGAAAGCAAGCAAAAAGUUACUGCAUUAUUUGAUGCUCGUGAGGAUCGUGGCACAAAAUAGCUUUAAGUGUGUCUUAGAUACUUGUCUGCCAUAGUCUGUUGGCUGAAUAUGCUGGAAUUUUUGUAUUCCAUUUAGUAUUUUUAUAGUCUAGGAAAAUAUUUUCUGAGACCCGUUUUAGAUGUGUUUGGAUUCCUAUAGAAAUACUCGGUUUGUCGCACCUGCUUGGUGGUUGGAAGGAGGCCAAAAGCUCAAUUCAGACACUCUUUUUUCCCCCUCCAAAAAUAAUGACUCAUUCCCUUUGACAAGCUGUAGAACUGGGUCCAUUUUUAAACUGUUUUCAUCAAUUUCAAAUGCCAAAUUCCAAUUGAUUUUUCAAGAGGUUUCUAGAAAGAAAAAAAAAAAAACAACUUUGUUACUCCAUAGUUAAAUAAUCUUUCUAAAGUGUUUUCUAUAUUAGGUGUGAUUGCUGCUAACUCCGUGGUUCCUGGGUUAAUGGUGCUAGUUCACUCCGCAGACAUGGCCCAUGCUGGGGGGAUUCUUCAGCUUCAGCCUUCCAGCCCUUCUCUUCCUUUGUGUCUGGUGUUGCAUUCGAACACAUUUUGUUUUUAGAAAUAAAAAUUUUGGAAUUC